UUUUGGUGUCAUCACAUUUAAAUCAUCAUGAAAAGUUUGUCACCGCCGGUCUUUAAUUCACAGAAAAUGCUCAUGUGAGAACUCGUGAGAACUCAUGCGACCCACAAACACCAACAUGACGCUGACUGUUCAGCUCAGUUCCCCUUUUUUAGCCUUCGAGGUUCAGCAACGCUUCCCAAAGCGGCUUUAUCCUUUUCUGUGUGAAAGGUCGAUCAUGGAGCUUGCUGCUUUACCACUCAGGAACAAAUCAGGAUCUCACAUACAGGCUCUGAAGUCUCUGCUGGUUUACAUCUGGGAUGUUUACUCCAAACCUGCUCCUUCAGGCAGAGAAAUCCUUUCUCUGCUCUCUAUCUGCUCCACCUUCGCCAUCUUUACCGGUGGACUGCUGCACCACUGGCUGUCACAGACUCUAAAAUACGACCAUGUUGCUUCGGUCCAGACCACCUGCUUCUACAGCGUAACCAUGCUGCUGGUCUCCUUCGUGUUCCACCCCCUCCGCUGCGUUCUCACCAUGACCCUGCCCACUGUGUGCACCAAACAGGGACGCAAACUCCUCAUCUCGGCCUCCAUCAUGAUUCUGGUGCUGAAUGUCAUCCCUAACAUCACGGUAAACGUAGGAGCAGUCGUGCGGAUCCUGAAGUGCACGGCUGAGGGCUUCACAAGGACCCUGCUGAACUCGUCUGAACCCUUCAACGAAGCAAAGCGAGACCUGGUUGAGGAAGCCAUCAGAGUACGGAGGGAGGACUUGAGCAUCGUCAGCAAUUUAAGGAAGUUGGACCAUUUCACACAUGUUGACGUGUCAGAAGUCAGAAGCAUGUUUUCUGAAGUGAUUGGUCAGAUAGAGGUCAACUUCUCAUAUGCAAAGAACCUGCUGAGAGAAUACAAGCUGCUGUCAAACCGGAUCCUCGCAGCUGUUUUUGUUGCAUUACUGAUUAUUGAAUCUGCACGAUAUUUAAAAUCCUACCUGACCUCUGUUCAAUUUGAUAACCGCUUCAUCUCUGCAUCUUCUGAGGGGGAUGAACAGCGGGCUAAAGAUAAAAUCAGGGUCGCAGUUUGCAAAAUAACAAGUCAGGAAUGUACCUCUUCCUUCAUAUCUCUGGUCAUUGUAACGUUAUACUUUAUUGCAAUAACACUAAUUGUAGUUUUAGAUCACAUUGUGUAUCACAUAGUGCAGAUGAUCGUGCCCUUGGUGAUGGAUUUCCCACCAACAACUGCUGCUAUAACUGUCAGUUAUAAGGUUAACUGGUUUCCUCCUGCCCUCUGCAUUAUCCCUCAGUCAUGCGUCACACAGGAGGUGCUAAAUUUCCACAAGGACUACAAGUGGACCUUUGACCCCGAACCGUCUCUCUGUGACGUGACAACGUCAGCUCCGAAGCUGGGUGUCACUCUCCUGCUGGGAUGUCUCUGGCUCAUGAGCUACCUCAUGGUGUUUCUCGAAGUUUACGCCAGGCGGCUUCGCAGAAAAAUCUGCGCGUCAUUUUUCAGAGAGCAGGAAGAAAGAAGGAUAGCGUAUUUGACAAAGAAAUUAGAGGAAAAACAGAAGACGAGGAAGAAAAAGACAGCUAAAGCUACUAAUGUUUGAAUUUAUUUUUAGAAGGUUGGCUCCAGGAAGGUAAAUAUUCAGUCAACCAAUUAAGUCUUUAAGUUUAGAUAGCAAGCUAAAUAUCUAGCUUUAAGGCAGCUCAGAGCUAACUAAAUAUUUACCUAGCUCAGGGCUAAUUUUUUUGUUUGGGGCUAAAUAUUGAGUUAGCAAGCUUUAAGCUAGCUCAGAGCUAAAUAUUGAUUUUAUACAUUCAGUAUUGAGCUGCUUCAUGAUCACUCAACCUAAAUAUUUAGCUCUAAACUAAAUAUUUAAUUUGUAAACUAAAUCAGGGUAUUUAUUUUUUCACCCUCCAGAUAUACAGUAUUACAGCAUUGGUGAUAAGAAGCAAAUUAAUGUUUAGCAUGUCCAGUAGGGAAACUGAAACUCCAGUGGCUCCUGUUUACAAGUUUUGGUGUUUAAGUUCAGGGUGUUUGGUGAAGAAAUUUCUUUAUUUAGCCAUAUUUGUAAAAUGUAAAAUGCAAUGAAGUAUUUGAUUGUUUAACUAAAGCACACCUAUAUAUAUAUAUAUAAAUCCAACUUUUUCUUUGAAUUGCAUCCUGACUGACAGCGUUAAAAAUAAAUGAACUGCUGAAGCUAAAGAAGCUGAUGUGCAUCACUUAUUUUAUUUUUUUGAAAAUUUGUCAUAUUGGGGUAUAAAUGCAGGGAAAUAUGGUGGUUUUAUGUUUUUGGAUGUA